AUGAAAGUGACCGUGUGCUUCGGCAGAACCGGCAUCGUGGUUCCCUGCAAGGAGGGCCAGCUGCGCGUCCGGGAGCUCACGCAGCAGGCGCUGCAGCGGUACCUGAAGACCAGGGAGAAGGAUCCUGGCUACUGGGUGAAGAUUCAUCACUUAGAAUACACGGAUGGAGGAAUCCUGGAUCCAGAUGAUGUUUUGGCAGAUGUCGUUGAAGACAAAGAUAAGCUGAUUGCUGUGUUUGAUGAACAAGAACCACUCCACAAGAUUGAGAGCCCCAGUGGAAACCUUGCAGGUCAGCAGACCCCAGAUGCCUUUGAGACGGAAGUGGCUGCCCAGUUGGCUGCAUUUAAACCAAUUGGUGGGGAGAUCGAAGUAACCCCUUCUGCUCUAAAAUUAGGCACUCCACUGCUGGUGAGGAGAAGCAGUGACCCAGCGCCAGGCCCACCUGCUGACGCCCAGCCGAGUGCUUCACAAUCCAGUGGCCAGAGUCUGAAACCUGUUACUCUAGAUUCCACACAGAACUUAGAAGAUGGAGAAGUUAUGAAUGGUGUGCAGACAGAACUCCUGGCAUCGCUGAAAACCAAGGAUGCAUUGAGUGAUAUGACAAGAACAGUGGAGAUUUCUGGGGAAGGAGGCCCCUUGGGAAUACAUGUAGUGCCUUUCUUUUCAUCUCUGAGUGGAAGGAUUCUAGGACUCUUCAUCCGCGGCAUUGAAGAAAAUAGCAGGUCCAAGCGGGAGGGACUAUUUCAUGAAAAUGAAUGUAUUGUAAAAAUCAACCACGUGGACCUCGUAGACAAAACCUUUGCUCAGGCUCAAGAUGUCUUCCGCCAGGCAAUGAAGUCCCCAAGCGUCCUCCUCAAUGUGCUUCCACCUCAAAACCGUGACCAGUAUGAAAAAUCAGUCAUUGGACCGCUUAACAUUUUUGGUGACAAUGAUGGCAUUUUGAGAACAAAGCUGCCUCCUCCUGUCCAUGGAAUAUCAGGAAUAAAAACAGGAACAGGAACAGGGCGUCCCGAAGAGGAUGCAUCGACUUCCCUGCAACAAAACAAGAGCCCCCGAGUCCCAAGACUGGGUAGAAAGCCAUCCUCUCCCUCACUCUCCCCUCUCAUGGGGUUUGGCAGCAAGAAAAAUGCAAAGAAAAUUAAGAUUGACCUAAAGAAAGGCCCUGAAGGACUGGGUUUCACUGUUGUUACCAGAGACUCUUCCAUACAUGGGCCUGGUCCCAUUUUUGUAAAAAACAUUUUACCAAAGGGAGCAGCGAUAAAAGAUGGCCGCCUGCAAUCAGGGGACAGAAUUUUGGAGGUAAAUGGCAGAGAUGUCACUGGACGAACUCAAGAAGAGCUCGUGGCCAUGCUGAGGAGCACCAAGCAGGGAGAAACAGCAUCGCUGGUCAUCGCCCGUCAAGAAGGAGCUUUUCUUCCCCGAGAGCUGAAAGGAGAGCCUGACUGCUACCCACUCCCCCUGGAAACAACUGAGCAACUCACCUUCGAGAUCCCCCUGAAUGAUUCAGGUUCUGCUGGUCUUGGCGUGAGCUUGAAAGGGAACAAAUCUCGAGAAACUGGAACAGACUUGGGGAUUUUUAUCAAAUCCAUCAUCCACGGAGGUGCUGCUUUUAAGGAUGGUCGUCUGCGGAUGAAUGACCAGCUGAUUGCCGUUAAUGGGGAAUCUCUUUUGGGAAAAUCCAACCACGAAGCUAUGGAGACACUGAGGCGAUCAAUGUCCAUGGAGGGAAACAUUCGAGGGAUGAUCCAAUUGGUGAUUCUGCGGAGGCCAGAGAGACCAAUGGAGGAGCCUACAGAAUGUGGGGCAUUUUCUAAGCCAUGCUUUGAGAAUUGUCCGAACACUAUAAAUGCCUCCAGGAGAAAUGAUAAUAGUUCAUUGCAUCCAUUUGGCACUUACAGUUCACAAGACAAACAGAAAGAGCUAUUGCUUCCCAGUGACGGAUGGGCCGAGGCUGAAGUACCACCUUCUCCACCACCACAUCCCGUUCUGGAAUUGGGCACUGAAGAUUACAGCCACAGCUCUGGGGUGGAUUCGGCAGUGUAUUUUCCAGAUCAGCACACCCACUUCAGAUCCGUGACACCGGCCAGGCAGCCUGAAUCAAUGAAUCUGAAAGCCUCAAAGAGCAUGGACCUUGUGCCAGAUGAAAGCAAAGUCCACUCAUUGGCUGAUCACAAAUCGGAAUCUCCGAGCAAAGAUUUCGGUCCAACUCUGGGGUUGAAAAAGUCCAGUUCCUUGGAGAGUCUACAGACCGCGGUCGCUGAGGUCAGGAAGAAUGAACUUCCCUUCCACAGACCCCGGCCACACAUGGUUCGUGGCCGUGGCUGCAAUGAGAGCUUCAGAGCAGCCAUUGACAAAUCCUACGAUGGACCCGAAGAGUUAGAAGCUGACGGUCUGUCUGAUAAGAGCUCUCGCUCCGGCCAAGGAGCUCUGAAUUGUGAAGCUGCCCCUCAGGGGAGCUCUGAGCUAGAGGACGUGGAAAAUAAAGCCAGGAAAAUCAAAAAACCAAAAGAGAAGGAGAAGAAGAAGGAAAAAGGCAAAAUGAAAGUCAAGGAGAAAAAGCUGAAAGAGGAAAACGGAGAUCCUGAAAGGAAAAUAAAGAAGAAAGGAUUUGGUGCCAUGCUGAGAUUUGGAAAGAAGAAAGAUGAUAAGGGAGGCAAGGCUGAGCAGAAGGGCACUCGGAAGCAUGGCAGCCUGAGGGAAGAGGAACUGGAAAAAAUGAAAGAAGAACGAGAAAGGAUUGGAGCAAAACACCAGGAGCUAAGGGAAAAGCAGGCAAGAGGUCUUAUUGAUUAUGCUACUGGUGGAAUUGGGUCACUGCAUGAUAUGGACGAUGAUGAAAUGGACCCCAAUUAUGCCAGAGUGAACCACUUCCGGGAACCAUGUGCAUCAGCAAAUGUCUACAGGUCACCAUCUCCACCUCGGGCUGGACCAUUGGGUUACCCACGGGAUGGCCGUCCACUGUCUCCAGAGAGAGACCACUUAGAGGGUCUCUAUGCCAAAGUCAACAAACCAUACCAUCCACCGAUGCCAGUUGACAGUGGCCGUCCUCCAAGCGGAAGCACUGAUCGAAUCCAGAAGUUGCGGAAAGAGUAUUAUCAGGCACGGAGGGAAGGUUUCACCUUAUAUGAGGACGACGAGGGAAGAGCAAGACUAGAUUAUGACUUUCACUGGGUGUCUGGAAAGGGUCCAGAUGGGAAUGCACACAACAUCCGCUUUGAGGGGAUGGAGAGACAGUACGCCUCCUUACCCAGGGGAGGACCAGCUGAUCCUAUAGACUAUCUGACGGCCACACCUCGAGGGCUCUACAAAGAAAGGGAGCUCCCGUAUUACCCAGGGGCUCAUCCCGUGCAUCCUCCCAAAGGGAGCUACCCACGUCCCCCGGAUCUGAGGCUUGCAGACCUCCGGUAUCCUCAGUACUACCCUCCUCCACCAGCCCCCCAGCAUAAAGGACCCUUCCGACAAGAUGUCCCGCCUUCCCCUCCUCAGCACCCCAGAGUGCCAGCCUAUCAGGAAAUGGGUAGACCAGGGCCCCGAGGGGGCAGCCCGGACCAGUACCCCUACCGAGCCCAGGAUCCCAGGCAGAAGAACCCCAUGACUGCAGCUGUGUAA